AAAUAUAAGAAUUUAUUUUAAUAUUGAAUAAUAUUCAUACAAUAUUCUAGGAAUAUUAUAGUAGGUAUGUUCACAUGUACGUUACGUCAGUACGAGACAACGAGAGACACACAUAGCCGGCGAAUCCAAUGGGGAUCGAUCAGCCGGAUCCAUAUCAUAUCAGCCGGAGAUUGAACGGAAUUAUUCGAAGAUGCGAGCCAUUGACUACUUAGACGAACACGUGCGCACCACUCGAGGAACUUCGAACAGAGGCUCCUUUGUUCUCUCUCGUGUGUUUUCGCAUUUCAACUCUUUAAUGUGAUUCUGGUGCUCGUGUUGGCUCCAGUAGUAGCGCUUCAUCUCGACGCGCGACCGAUCAGUUUGUCCGAUGUGCUUUUACAACGCAAGUACACGCGCAAAUAAUUUUCACGCGAGAGUGAUGACGCGCGUCUCCGGCCUUCUAGACAACUGAUAAAGUCUCUUUCUCUCUCUUUCUCUCUCUCUCUCUCAUUAGGGAUAUACACGUUUUAUUUAAUUUAUCGACGAGCGAGAGUUCGACUUCUCGCUAGGUGAACGUUGAGAAAGAUGCAUCUCCUCGAAGCCGCUCGCGUGUUUCUAACUCUCGGCCGCACAGCGCGAUAACAAAACGAUCUCUCGGGAAGUCUCUCGCUCUCCGGUAGUGACGAUCCAUCCAGCGUGUAACGAUGGAUUUUUUCACAAAGAUCCUAUUACCGGCGAUCGGAGCGUUUGUUCUAUCUGUACGUUUUGCGAAAUGCACCGACGUGGCCGCUAACGGAACGAACGGCAGCUUGGGAACCGGCACGAAUUGGGAGAAUGUAACGUCGACGUUCUUGAAUAAUAUCAAUCGAGAGAGGAACGAGGAUCGGCGUUAUUGGUACGAGCACCUGGACGACGUUGACAAAAUGCUGAAAAGCAAAACCGAUAUUCUGUCCCGCCGUCUGAAGUUCGAUAUAGACCGAUUGCGAAAUCAGACCAAUCAGAUAGAACUGGUGUUCCUGGUCGACGCGUCCGGCUCGGUAGGCGCGGAGAAUUUCCGCAGCGAGCUGAAUUUUGUGACGAAGCUCCUGUCGGACUUCACGGUGGACGCGACGGCCGCCCGUGUCGCGAUCAUCACCUUUGGCAGUCCGAAGAACGUGACGCGCAAUGUCGAUCAGAUCUCGAGACACGGGGAGAACGAUCACAAAUGUUACCUGCUGAACAAACAGUUCGACAAGAUCGCUUACAGCGGCGGUGGAACUUACACGCGUGGCGCGCUUCUCGACGCACUGGCAAUUCUCAAGAAAAGCCGCGAGACUGCGAGUAAAGUGGUGUUCCUGAUCACCGAUGGCUUUAGCAACGGUGGUGACCCGCGACCCGCCGCCGAUCUCUUGAAGAACGCAGGUGCCACGGUGUUCACGUUCGGUAUCCGUACGGGAAACGUGGAAGAGCUGCAUGACAUCGCGAGUUUUCCCGGAUACACGCACAGCUACCUCCUCGACAGUUUCGUGGAGUUCGAAGCUCUGGCGCGUCACGCCUUGCAUCGUGAUUUAAAAACCGGACAAUAUGUGCCCGUGACUCUGCCCACCGAUUGCAACAGCUUAUGCACGGAGAGCACGAUGAAUGAAACUUGCUGCGACAACCGAGCGAUUUGCACCUGUGGCAUCGCAACCGGCCAUUACGCUUGCAUCUGUCCACCUGGUUAUUUCGGUUCCGGUCUCAAAGGGGCUUGUCAACCUUGUCAGAAUGGAACGUACGCUUCGAAGAACGCUCAUGGAGAUUCCACAUCCGCAUGCAUACCUUGUCCGGAUGUGAAUCAUGUCACCGUUAAAGUACCCGCGAUCUCAGUGAACGACUGUGUGUGUGUUUCCGGAUUUACCACGGAUGGCCUCAAAUGCGAAGCAAUAAUGUGUCCAAAGUUAAGAGUACCCGAUAACGGUUAUCUGGUAAAGGCUGGUGCCUGCAGUAAUGUGGUACACGCGGCCUGCGGUAUUAGAUGCAAGAUCGGCUUUCAUCUCACGGGGGACAGCAUUCGACUUUGCGGGAAGAAUGGCUCUUGGUCCGGUGAGGAGCCGCAAUGUUUGUUAAAGACGUGUCCGGCGAUCCGUGCACCCGCGCACGGCCACAUGAAAUGCGAACACGACGAGGAUUACCAGUUUAAAGAGAAACAGUUUAAGGAAGAUUCCACGAUCUAUCCGAUCGACACUCGUUGCCAGUUCAAAUGCGACCUUGGUUACCAGCUACGCGGUAGUAAAGUGCGCAAUUGCUUACCUUUGUCACGGUGGGAUGGUCUGAAAGUCACUUGCAAAGCUGUGAAAUGCGAGCCUCUGCCGAAAAUCGAGAAUGGCGAUAUCACCCCGGAGAUAUGUUCCGAUGCGGUGAAGGUCCCUUUCGCCAUUAACUGCACGAUCAGCUGCCACAAAGGUUUCGUUCUGAUAGGGCCCUCCAGCAGGUUGUGCAGUGGACAUACGGGAAUCUGGUCGCAGCGUCAUAGUGUUAAUCGAUGUGUGGACAAAGUGCCGCCUUCCAUAAUGUGUCCGGCCGACAUCGUCACGCAUACCGCAAAGGGUCAGAAUUACGCGUAUGUAAACUGGUCGGCACCGGAGGUGGCCGACAACGCGGACGAAUCGCCCAUCGUGUGGACGAAACCGCACGUCACUUUACCGUGGAAGGUGAAAAUCGGCACGCGUAUUGUCGUGUAUAUAGCGCAGGAUGCGAGCGGGAACAAAGCUAGGUGCAAGUUCAAGGUCAAAGUUUUUGACAGGGAACCACCGACGGUGGAGAAUUGCAACGAUCCGCCUAAAUUUUACACCGAUCUCGAUGAGGGCCUCGAGAACGUGGUGUGGGAAGAACCUGUCUUUUACGACAACUCGAAAGCCUCGGUGCAAGUUAAUCAGAGCCAUCGACCUGGCGAAGGUGUCUUUCCGAUCGGUCGAACGAGAAUCCUCUACAGUGCUGCCGAUAAGUACGGCAAUCUGGCGAAUUGUGUGCUGAAUAUCACAGUGGAAGAUGUGUGCGAAAGUUUAAGAGCACCUGUUAACGGCUGGUUAAAUUGUUCCUUGACGGGCGAGCGCGAGACACAAUGUGUUGUGGCUUGCAACGACGGCUACGGUUUUGCCGUCGAACCAAUGAAUUUCAAUGUUGUUAACGACGAACUGCUGUUGAAAUGUAAUUUGGGCAAUCACACGUGGGAAGACAACAGACUGCCGGAAUGUUCAGAAACACAAGCACCAAAGACGAUAUCUCAAGAAGGAAGCGUGAUAUUACAAAGUAAUGAAAACACGAUAUGUGACAAUCAAACCUUCCAUGAAUUAAGUAAUCACAUCAACGACAAUUUGAACUUAAAGUUGAACGAUAUUUGCGGCAAUGACAUCGAAUGUAAUCUAAUCGACUUCGAUCCUGAAUGCAAAGGCGAUUUAUCCUCGUCGUCGGAGAAUUUCGGUGACAACUUGAUAAGAAGACGAAAGCGCCGCCCCGAUAAUAAUCUUGUUCGAUCCACGAGUAUUUCCAGAAACAAUCGUACGACAAUGGCCGAAAGAUUGAAACGUAUGAUCAAAUUUAAUUCUGACUCCUAUCGGAACAAAACUAGACCCAAGCGAAAGAGGGAGAGGAUAGAGAUUAAAUUCAAGUUUAUAGGUAGAAUAAUCAAUGAGAAUUUUGAAAAUCCGAAGCGGGGAGUGCAGAAGCUACGAGAGAAGAUCGGGGCGAUGAUGCAGCUUGGGAAAUUGGAUUUGCUUAACAAUCGGACUAAUCAAGAAAUCGCGAAGCUCGCCUUGAACCUGCAUCUUGUAUUUAAAGAGCCUGAAGAUCUCUGCGAUCCCGGCAGCGUGCUCAGGAAGUACAGCUGUGUGAAAUGUCCCACGGGUACUUUUCACAAUGCUACCGCUAAAGUUUGCCAGCCAUGUCCAUUCGGACAGUACCAGAACGCGAGUGCUUCAUUGAAGUGCAGACCGUGUCCAGAACAUACCUUCACGAAGAGGAUGCAUGCAAAGUCUUUAAGAGAUUGCAUUCCCGUGUGCCGAGCAGGAUAUUAUUCCCGACGGAAACGUUAUCAAGGCUCGGGCGUGGCCAUGGAGCCCUGUUUUACGUGUGACAUUGGCUUUUAUCAACCAAAUUAUGGGCAAACUCAGUGUUUGCCGUGUCCAUUAAAUACAACGACGGAAAAACGCGGCUCGACGGACGUCGGACAUUGUUUGCCACCGUACGAUAAGGAAAUUGACGAUUGUCGGGUAGAUCCGUGCGCGAAUGAAGGCCGAUGUCUUCAAUCCGAAAGUGAUUUCGUUUGUGCAUGUCAAGAAUAUUAUAUAGGAUCGAAAUGUGAACAAUUUAUAAAUCCAUGCGAUUCAUCGCCAUGUUUGAACGAAGGGACGUGUAAAAUACAAAAACAUUACAAUAACUCUAUAACGUACAAUUGCACGUGUAAGAACAGUUAUACAGGAGUCAAUUGUGAGAUUUAUGUGGACGAAUGUUCUGCUAAUCCGUGUCAAAACGAUGGAAGAUGCGUAAGCACCGAAAACGAUUUUGUCUGCGUUUGCAAAGAUGGAUUUGAAGGCCAGUUUUGCGAAAUCUCAAUGGAUCACUGCGAACUUAUGCCCUGCGAGGAAGGAUCCACGUGCCGUACCAUAAACGGCACCUGGAAGUGCUUCUGCAAGCCCGGAUUCUUGGGACGUCAUUGCAACUUGUUACCCUGCGACUGGUUGCCGUGUCAUGCGAAUGCGAUCUGUGUCAACAUCAAAGAGGCGAACGCGACGCGAAGAAGUUACAGAUGCGAGUGUCCCGAAGGAUAUACAGGAGAGGACUGCGCGACCAAGAUCGAUCACUGCAAAAGUUCGCCUUGUUUAAACAACGGGAAUUGCAUCAGCCACGUUCACAAUUACACCUGCGACUGUCCUGUUCCCUUUGCAGGACGCGAUUGCGAAACGGAAUUAUCGUCUGAUUAUACGAUGCAUUUUACCAAAUCUGGCACUACGGACUACGUUAUCAUGAAAGGACUUACAAAGGAUCUUCCCCAGUUAUCUGUUUGCCUAUGGUUACAUUCGAUAGACAGCUUCAAUUACGGUACGGUGUUAUCAUAUGCAACGGUACUCCACGAUAAUGCUUUCACUCUAACGGAUUACAAUGGAUUUGUUCUGUACGUUAACGGGGAGAAAGUCGUAACCGAUAUCAAAGUUAAUGACGGUUACUGGCAUUUUUUAUGCGUUACUUGGGAAAACGAGUCCGGUUUUUGGCGUGUGUUUGUCGAUGGAAUUCUCAAGGACAGUGGAGUUAAUUUAGCCCAGGGAACCGUCAUACGAGCCAACGGGUCCCUUGUUGUCGGGCAAGAGCAGGACCGUGUAGGUGGUGGUUUCUCCGAGUCGGAAGCGUUCCUGGGAAAGCUUAGCUUGCUGGACAUGUGGGACACUGUCUUGGACGACAGCAAUAUCACCAUGUUGUGGAAUAGUUGCGAGCAGUAUCACGGGAAUCUUGUAGCAUGGGCGCACCUGCGACAAUACAUUCACGGCGACGUCUCGAUGUUAGCCAGCCCGUUUUGUCGCGGCUGCCCUUUACCCGUGGUGCCCUUCAAAGGUAACUUCAAUGUGAGCGAGGACCUGUCGGAGGUAACGUACUACUGUGACAACGGCUACGUGAUUCGGUUCGGCGGCAAGGAAUACAGAUCCUUUAAAAGGAGAUGCCUCAAGCACGGCCAGUGGGAAGGAUACGAUACACCGAUCUGCACGAAGAUCAAAUGCGGCUUCCCGGGUAACUUUCCACGCGGAUACAUUCAGGGCAGGUCGUACAUGUUCGGAGACAAAAUAUCUUACUUUUGCGCCAACGGUUAUGAGCUUCGGGGCAGCCCUCAUCGAGUUUGCAAUUCCGACGGGAAGUGGAUAGGAGUACCUCCGAUUUGCAUAGGCACGACGUGUAAAAACUUGCUCGCCCCAGAAAAUGGUGAUAUAGAUUAUAUAUUGGAGGAAAAUGAAAGAGACGACAUUACGAUAUUGCAGGCUGGACAACAAUUGGAAUUCAAAUGUAAUUAUGGAUAUCGUUUGACGGGAGAGAAGUAUUUAACGUGCUUAGAAACUGGAAUUUGGGAUCAUGACAGGCCAUCUUGUGUACUUUAUGGAUGUCCGCCUCCGAAACGAAUAAAGUACGGGUACAUCAGCUUCCCAAAUUUCGACAAGCCUGACAAUGGAACGUUUACUUACGAUCCUGAGGGGAAUGCAAUUGAUGAUUCCUCGGGAAGGACGUAUCAUUACGGCGACAUCGUUAGUUUCUCCUGCCACGAAGGCUACAAACUCCAUGGGGAUAACAGUUCGUCGACAGAAUUCAAGCUCCAGUGUUCCGAUAACGGUAUUUGGACGGGCUUCGUUCGCGAUUGCGUACCACGCGUAUGCCCUUGGCCGGAGCACGUGGAAAAUGCGGAAAUCUUUCUCAAACAGCGAGGCAAUACCACAGUGAAAAUUCCAGUGAAAAAUGACACAAUGGAUAACGAUUAUUCGGGGAAAAACAGCGAGGAUACAACGGCGAGGAGAGUUACCCCGGAAAUGCUCGUUUCCGGUGCGGAGCUCGUCAUUGUCUGCAAUCCGGGGUACGAAUUAAUCGGAAACGAUAGCAGAAGAUGCACCGAGGAAGAAAAUUGGUCUCCGCUCGCCGUUUCCUGCGAACCUCGCAAUUGCUCCUUCGGGGAUCAUCCGAUUUUCAAAUUCUUGAAAAAACCGAGCGAGACCGAAAUUGUUUUUCGAAACAACGCGAACGCGGUGCAACUUGAGGUCGACGGGGAGUGGAACAGCGCGGGGAAUAUCACGUAUAAGAACUUCGAGAUAUUCGUCGAGGGGAACGGUUACGGGCAACGCAUGAUCUUAGCGUGUCGCGAUAAACGCACGCGGAUGAACUUGAACGAUGUCAUUGCCAAUGUGACUACCUCAAAUGUAACAUGGAUUUGCAACGAGACCGCGAAAUGGGAGGUCCUGAAUUUAUCGCUGAAGCGAUAUGUGUUGAGCGAACAGCUGUUGGACGAUUCGCUGCACAUCUGCGAUGAUUCGUGCGCGCCGCCGCAGAUACCAGAACACGGGUAUAUCGAUAACGGUAAUAACACCGACAUCGACAUUACUGAUCGCAAGGCGACGGACAGUGUCGUCGCUUUCAAGUGUCGUCACGGAUACGUUCUUCAGGGUAGCAAAGAAUCAAUCUGCUUGUCCAACGGCACCUGGUCUACUUUACCUUUUUGCGAAGCUGUGGUAUGCGGAGAACCGCCUGUCCUUACAAAUGCGAUGCUGAGGAAGGAUACGGGCGGAGCUGAAAAUUUCACAUUCGGCAACACGAUCUCCUAUCAAUGUGUGCCGGGAUACCGUAUAUUCGGACAAGCAAACUUGAGGUGCCUGGGAAAUGGAAAAUGGUCUAGAAUGAACGGCAGAUGUUCGAAGAUAUCGUGCGGCAAGCCACAGAUCCAGUAUGGAGUCGUGCUCCACGGUCGUUCAUACUUGUUCCAAGAUCAACUGACUUACGCGUGUCCCGAUAACAAAAAGCAAGGAGUAAUAACGUGUCAAGCCGAUGGAAAAUGGAGCGAAUCAUUGAAAUGUGACGAAAGUAAAAGCACAUAAAGCGUAGUCCACAAUAGGCGGUAAGAGUAUAUUCACAAGUAAGAAUAAAGAAUUGACCAAUUGUAUCCGAAUGUAAGGAGAAUAAUUGACUACGAUUGGUUGAUUUCUUAUUUUUACUUCUUGCAAACAUACUCCUACUGCCCAUUGCAGACAAUGUUUAUGAUCAAGUCAAGAGGAUCCGGUGCGACGUUGCGUGAAGGCGUUAGCAAAAUGAUGGUCCCGCUUCUUUUUUUGUAACAACAUGCACACAUGCUUUUAUUUCUUACUGACUUCUCGUAUCAAGAUUCAUGAAUACACAAUAGAAAACGUAAUUAUACAGUCUUAUCAUCAAAUAAAUAACUUAGUUUGUGGAGAGAAUUUCUUUUCAAAGUAGUACAUAGUAUUUUGAUGUAUAUGGUAUAAUAUAUCUUAUCUACAAUUACUUUUACGUGAUUUUUAACCAUAACCAUUAAUUUUACGAUAUCUUGUAUGCAAGUGUAUAUAUAUCCUUAUCGUGUUUAACUGGAAAAAUCGAUGUAUAUCCGUACAAACGAUUCUUAUCUCGAAAAUUGGCAUUGUUAACGUCUGAUAGUAAUAAUAAUGAAUACUAGCCGUGAGACACAUUCUCUAGUUCAACUGUUCGUACUUCAUGCAUAACAUAUAUAACGAGAAAGCAAGUUGUACAGUAACGCAUAGCACAGUUGGCUAAGGUAUAUUUUGCACGUAUCAUUCGACACGUAGUACACACUGCGUUUUGGUAUAAAUAUCAUUCGGACAUAUUGUACAAAUGUAUUGCAUAUUACUACACUACGUAUGAGGAAGAGCAAUGAAGAUAAAUACGUGUGAAAAUAAUUUUUCGUAUAAACAUUGUAUAUAUAUUAA